AUGAUGGCGCUAAUCGACGAAGAAGAUGAUGGCUUCAUUCUCGUGCCUCGUAGCGGCUAUUCUAUUAAUUGGCAUGAACCACGAUUUCUCGAUGCUAUCAGCCAAGCGGUAGACAACCUCCAUGAGAAUUUCUGGCCGAUAAACAAAAAGAUCCACGAUAACCCCGAAAGAGGAUUCAAAGAAUUUAUUGCCCACGAUGUAUUGACCAGAUUCAUGAAAUCCCAGAGCGGCUGGGUCGUCACACCGUCGGCUUACGGUAUGGAGACCGCGUGGGUUGCCGUGUUUGACACAGGGAAACGCGGUCCUGUCGUGUCAUUCAACGCCGAAAUGGAUUGUCUCCCCAACAUCGGCCAUUCCUGUGGCCAUAAUCUCAUCGCUACGGCAUCCGUCGUCGGCGCUGUUGCAGCGGCUCAAGUAAUGAAGCAAUACGAAGCUGCCGGAAAAGUGGUUCUGUUCGGCACGCCAGCAGAAGAAGGCGGAGGAGGGAAAAUCAAGCUUCUCAAGGCGGGCGCCUAUUCUGAUCACAAAGUCGACGUGAGCCUCAUUUCACAUCCGGGCAUCACCCCGGAUGCGGCGUUGAUGCGAACAGCAUCAUAUCUCCAGUUCAAGGUCGAGUACUUUGGCCGCGAGGCUCACGCGGCAGCCAAUCCAUGGCUUGGAAUCAAUGCGCUGGAUGCGCUAAUCGCAGGAUACAACAAUGUGUCCGCGCUCAGACAACAGAUUAUGCCUGAGGACAGGAUUCAGGGCCAUAUCACCAACGGUGGUGUCGCCCCUAACAUCAUUCAUGCUUAUGCCGCCGGCAUCUUUGUUGUCAGAUCGGAUACGCAGAAGCGCCUCGACGAGCUGAAAAGAAAAGUAUAUGAUUGCUUCAGAGCUGGUGCCCUGGCUACAGGAGCUAAAGUGACUAUUACGGAGCGAUGGGGCUAUCAGAACCACAUCCCGAACCGAACAAUGGCGCGAUCUUAUACACGCUAUUUCAAUGCUCUAGAGCCACCUGGUAAGAUCCCAGAGGAUCAGGACGUUGAUGAUGCACGAGGUAAAUCACAGGCAAGUACAGACCAGGGCGACAUUAGCCAUGCAAUGCCGAGUUUAAACACGGCCUUUCAGUUACAACCGGGACCGAAAGGCCAGGGCCCGCACAAUCCAGAGUUUGCUGAGAUUGCUGGGACGCGGGAUGCAUAUGUGAGAGCGUUGAGGGUAGCGAAAGGAUUAGCGGGAGUUGCACUAGAUAUUGUAUUUACUGAAGGGCUUCUCGAAGACAUUAAGAGUGAGUGGAAGAAUACGACUGCUGGAGAGCGUGGACAUUCGCAGUGA